UCCCCAACCCCCAGUCCAGUUGAGAGGUGGAUUUGGGAAGAAAAGAAUCCAAACCUGGGACGUGGAGAUAACGAGACACACGCACACAUACAAAAGAAGAGAUUUUCAGAGAUUCGCGCGUGGCAGUGCCACGCACGGAUUGUUGUCAGACUUUUUUUUCUUCUUUGAAACGUGGAGAAAAGGAAUACAAACACGAAGUAACAGAGAGCGGUGUUUCACUCCUCUUUUAACAAGUGACUCUUCGACGUCAGCACGCUGGAAUAUAACGGCUGUUUUUUUCGACCGUUACGAUGCAAAGUGACCGUUUACCAACAAAGAAAACGGUUUUUAAACCGUGUCCCCCGUAAAGCAGCGACCAGGUCGUCCGAAAAUACUCUUGUUGCGUCUUUGAAAGUGCCAAGCUGUCCUGCCUGAAGACCUCCAUCUUCCCUGUACAGUUGGGGCCUCAGCUGUCCGGCUAGGUCAACAUAUGGUCCUAUCCUACCCCUCCCAGGCCCGUUACUUUACUGGAACCAAGAUGGAUGCCAGUGGUGCCCCUCGCCUCUCUUUACCACUCUUCUUGUCCGUCACCAUUCUGCUGCUGUCACUGCUGCUCACCGACUCCUACGCCUUAUCACCACCACGGUUCACAAAAGUUCCAGUAGACCAGAUUGGCGUCUCUGGGGGUGUGGUUUCCUUUGUCUGCCAAGCAACAGGUGUCCCCAAGCCAAGAGUUAGCUGGAGCAAGAAAGGGAAAAAAGUCAACUCCCAGCGCAUAGAGACGAUUGAGUUUGAUGAGGGUGCUGGCGCUGUGCUCAGAAUCCAGCCUCUCCGUGCACCACGUGAUGAAAACAUCUAUGAAUGUGUGGCAGAGAACACAGAGGGCGAGAUCACCGUCAAUGCCAAACUUUCCAUCAUCCGAGAGGACUUACUCCCACUGGGCUUCCCUAACAUUGACAUGGGCCCUCAGCUGAAAGUGGUGGAGCGCACUCGAACAGCGACCAUGUUGUGUGCUGCCAGUGGAGAUCCAGACCCAGAAAUCACCUGGUACAAAGACUUCCUGCCCAUUGACCCCAGUGCGAGUAAUGGUCGAAUUAAACAGCUUCGCUCAGGUGCCCUGCAGAUCGAGAACAGCGAGGAAACCGACCAGGGGAAAUACGAGUGCGUGGCGUCUAACGUGGAAGGCGUGCGCUACUCGUCCCCUGCUAACCUUUACGUGCGAGUCCGGCGUGUCCCUCCUCGCUUCUCUAUUCCACCAGCAAGUCAGGAAAUUAUGCCUGGUGGCAGUGUGAACAUAACAUGUGUGGCAGUGGGGUCGCCCAUGCCUUACGUCAAGUGGAUGCUCAACUCAGAGGACUUGACACCAGAGGAUGAGAUGCCAGUGGGCAGAAAUGUUCUCGAACUGAACAGUGUCCGUGAGUCAGCCAACUACACCUGCGUGGCCAUGAGCAGCCUUGGCAUCAUUGAAGCUGUGGCACAAAUCACUGUCAAAUCUCUCCCCAAGCCCCCGGGUACCCCUGUGGUAACUGAAACUACCGCCACCAGUGUGACCAUCACAUGGGAUUCAGGCAAUCCAGACCCUGUCACUUAUUACAUCAUCCAGUAUCGGGCCAAGUCUCCAGACAGCAAGUAUGAGACCAUGGAUGACAUCACUACUACCCGUUAUAGCAUUGGUGGCCUCUACCCCAAUACAGAAUAUGAAAUCCGCGUCUCAGCUGUCAACACAAUUGGCCAGGGUCCACCCAGUGAGCCAGUAGAAACCAGGACUGGGGAACAAGCACCAGCAAGCCCACCAAGGAACAUCCAUGCUCAGAUCAUAUCUAACAACACUAUGAUGGUGCGCUGGGAAGAGCCAGAGGAGCCCAAUGGGCAGAUCAAGGGUUAUAGGGUGUAUUACACCAUGGAUGACUCCCAACCCAUGAGUCUUUGGCAGAUUCAUAAUGUCCAGGACAGCAUCAUCACUACCAUCCAGAGUCUGGUUCCUCAAGAGACCUACACCAUCAAAGUCCUCGCAUUCACCUCAGUAGGUGAUGGACCUUUCUCAGAGCCCAUCCAUGUCAAAGUUCUGAAAGGAGUUCCUGGUCAACCAUCCAAAUUCCAGGUUGGUGCCGUGUCUGACACCAGCAUGGAACUGACCUGGGAACCCGCUUAUGACAAAGAAGGAAUUAUAAGUUAUGAGCUUCGCAUCACAGAAGGCAGUUUCGGCUCUCAGAAACAGAUGAAGAAAACAUUUGGGCCCACAUCUUCGUAUGUUGUGGAAGGUCUUCGUCCAAACACAGACUACCACUUUUCCUUGGCAGCCGUGUCUCAUAAAGGCAUCGGGGCCUUCACCAAUGACAUAUCCCAGAAGACCUUGCAAGCCAAGCCCUCAGCCCCCCCUCAAGACAUUAAGUGCACCAGCACCAGCUCCACCACCUUGCUGGUAAGUUGGCAACCCCCGCCUUUGACGAGUCAGAAUGGUGUUCUGACGGGGUAUAAGGUGCGCUACCAGGUGGUGGGCCCGUCAGAAGGUGGCAGUGACAGUGACGAUGGCGAGCCCACAGAGGAGCCAACAGUGCCGGCCAGCGAAGUGCAGGUCCUUCUGCAACGACUGGACAAAUGGACCCAGUACCAUAUCACCAUGGCCGCCUUCACAGCUGUCGGUUUGGGCCCUGAAAGUGAGCCUUUGGUUUGCCGCACUGACGAGGAUGUUCCAGGCGCUCCUCCCAGGCGGGUGGAAGUGGAGGUGGUCAACUCCACUGCUGUAAAGGUGAUGUGGCGCUCUCUGACGCCAGGAAAACAGCACGGCCAGAUCCGUGGUUACCAGGUUCACUAUGUGCGCGUGGAAAAUGGCGAGUCACGGGGCCUGCCCCUUAUCAAGGAUGUCAUGCUUGCCGACGCCCAGGAAAUGGUCAUCGGAGGACUCAAGCCAGACACCACGUACUCCAUCACAGUGGCAGCAUACACCACCAAGGGGGAUGGAGCCCGGAGCAAACCCAAACUGGUGGUGACCAAAGGGGCAGUACCUUGCCAUGGCUUUCCAUAUAUCUCAGUGGCUCAGGACUCAGAGACAUCUGCUGUGGUUCAUUGGGAUCCUCCAGAUCUGACAAGUGGUAUGGACCUGCUUGGUUACCGGCUCCAGUUUGGCCGGAAAGAUGUCUCACCUUUGGCUACACUGGAAUUUGCCCCCCAAGAGCGACAAUACUCUGUUGGCAACAUACACCGUGGGGCCACCUACAUCUUUAAAGUGUCUGCCAAAAGCAGGGGGGGCUUUGGGGAAGAGGGUGUGGCAGAACUAAAAGUGCCCGAGAAUACGCCUGGGGGAUACCCCCAAAUCAGUGAGGACUCCAAUGUGACCUGUUGCUCAGUGCAGCUGUCAUGGUCUCCACCAGUGCUAGCGGAGAGGAAUGGGGUAAUCACGGAGUACACACUGGCAUACAAAGAAGCUGGUACCGGGGGAGCAACACUGGAACGUCGCUUGCACCCUGGCCUGUCUAGUUAUGUGCUCAACAGCCUCAAACCCAACUCUGCAUACGAUGUGAAAAUACGUGCACACACCAGUAAAGGUCCAGGGCCCUACAGCCCACCAAUCCAGUAUCGGACGAUGGCCAUUGAUCCAACGGUAACAGAUGUGCCAAAGAAUUUCACUGUCAAGUGGGCCACCAAGACCACAGUGGUCCUUGCGUGGAAGUUUUAUGAAAGCAAGUCUCCAUACAAAUGCACGAUUGAGUACAAUCGUCAGAAGAUGGAUGUAGAUGCCAGGCAGAUGAGGGUGCUUGUCAGCCUCAGACACAACACCACCUAUGUUAAGGUGACCUGCCAGGAAAGCAUAAACGGUGGGCCAAAGCAUCGUGUGGUGGCCAGGACCGCACCACUCAUCCUAUCAAAAAAACCAAAGCUGGAUAUCUAUGCUGAGCCAGACAACACACUCACCAUGUCCUUUCCACCAGUAGACAGCAAAGACAUCAGGAAUUUCUAUGUGGUUGUGGUGCCAGUCAAGAGAACCACCGGAACUGAGAACCUGAAGAAUCCUGAUGAAAUGGACAUCGAGGAGGUAAUCUGGUUGCGGGAGGUGACUCCGAGGCGUCGUUCUCGGCGUCAGCUGGCUCAACUAGGCCAGGAGCCGUAUAUCACAGCCUGCUUCAAGCAGCUGCCAUCCAGCUUCAACAGUGGGCUGACCACCCGCUACAGCAGCUGUGAGAACAAGCCUCUUGAGUCUGGCCACGAGUACGUCUUCUUCCUGCUGGCUGAACUCAAUGCCACCAGUGGGAAAAUGUUCGCAACGAGCCCCUACACAGAUCCCGUGAUGACUCCAGAGCUGGUAGUGGAACCAUUGCCGGUGGACAGUGGCGAUGUCAUAUGGGUCGUGGGCCCAGUCCUGGCCGUGGUCUUCAAUCAUCUGCAUGUCAUUGCAAUCCUCCUGUACAAGAACCGCAAAAGAAAAGAGUCUGAGCCACGCACAAAAUGCCUGCUCAACAAUGCAGACAUAACACCACACCACCCGACAGACCCCGUGGAGAUGAGGCGCAUCAACUUCCAGACUCCAGAUUCUGGUCUAAGCAGUCCUCAGAGUGAAGCAGAUUUUGACUAUGAAAGUAUGAUGAAUCAUCCUCCGAUCCCAAUCUCAGAGCUGGCUGAACACACAGAGCUCCUCAAGGCCAACGACAAUCUCAAACUCUCCCAGGAAUAUGAGUCUAUCGAUCCAGGCCAACAGUUCACCUGGGAGCACUCCAACCUGGAGGUGAAUAAACCCAAGAACCGCUACGCUAACGUCAUCGCCUAUGACCACUCCCGCGUGAUCCUGGCUCCCAUCGAGGGUAUCACAGGUAGCGACUACAUCAAUGCCAACUACAUUGAUGGCUACAGGAAGCAGAACGCCUACAUUGCCACACAGGGUCCAUUACCGGAGACUUUUGGCGACUUCUGGAGGAUGGUGUGGGAGCAGAGGGCAGCUACUGUCGUCAUGAUGACCAAGCUGGAGGAGAAGUCACGGAUUAAAUGUGACCAGUACUGGCCCAGUCGUGGCACAGAAACCUACGGUAUGACUCAGGUGACCCUACUGGACACCAUAGAAUUGGCUACUUUCUGCGUCCGCACCUUCUCUUUGCACAAGAAUGGCUCCAGUGAGAAGCGGGAGGUUCGGCAGUUUCAGUUCACAGCGUGGCCUGACCACGGCGUUCCAGAGUACCCAACACCUUUCCUGGCCUUCCUCCGCAGGGUGAAGACCUGCAACCCACCUGAUGCUGGUCCUAUUAUUGCCCACUGCAGUGCUGGUGUUGGCCGGACAGGCUGCUUCAUCGUCAUCGACGCCAUGCUGGAGCGUAUUAAGCAUGAGAAGACGGUCGACAUUUACGGCCAUGUGACUCUCAUGCGCUCGCAGAGGAACUACAUGGUGCAGACAGAGGACCAGUACAGCUUCAUCCACGAUGCACUGCUAGAAGCCGUGGCCUGCGGCAACACUGAAGUGGCCGCUCGGAGCCUCUAUUCCUACAUCCAGAAGCUGGCCCAGGUGGAGAGCGGCGAGCACGUCACAGGCAUGGAGCUGGAGUUCAAGCGUUUGGCCAACUCCAAAGCCCACACAUCGCGAUUCAUCAGUGCCAAUCUCCCCUGCAACAAGUUUAAGAAUCGGCUGGUCAACAUCAUGCCCUAUGAGACAACACGUGUCUGCCUGCAGCCAAUCAGAGGCCUGGAAGGGUCUGACUACAUCAACGCCAGCUUCAUUGAUGGAUACAGGCAACAGAAGGCCUACAUCGCCACACAGGGGCCUCUCGCGGAGACCACAGAGGACUUUUGGCGAAUGCUCUGGGAAAACAACUCUACAAUCGUAGUCAUGUUGACCAAACUCAGAGAGAUGGGCCGGGAAAAGUGUCACCAGUACUGGCCGGCGGAGCGCUCUGCGAGGUACCAAUACUUUGUGGUGGAUCCCAUGGCUGAGUACAACAUGCCCCAGUACAUCCUCCGAGAGUUCAAGGUCACAGACGCCAGGGAUGGCCAGUCAAGGACAGUAAGGCAGUUCCAGUUUACUGAUUGGCCGGAGCAAGGUGUGCCAAAAUCUGGGGAGGGUUUCAUUGAUUUUAUUGGCCAAGUCCAUAAAACAAAGGAACAGUUUGGACAGGAUGGACCAAUCUCAGUCCACUGCAGUGCUGGCGUGGGCAGGACUGGAGUCUUCAUCACCCUCAGCAUUGUCCUGGAGAGAAUGCGCUAUGAAGGUGUGGUAGACAUCUUCCAGACGGUGAAGAUGCUCCGGACACAGAGGCCCGCUAUGGUCCAGACUGAGGAUGAGUACCAAUUCUGCUACCAUGCAGCUCUGGAGUACUUAGGAAGCUUUGAUCACUAUGCAACGUAAAAGCCAUCUCUUCCCCCCAGAAUCCUCUCGGCCCUCUCAACAGUCUCCUGAGCCAUAGAAAUUUUGCAAUUUGAAACGACAGCAAAUGAUGACGACGCCAUUGCUUAAUCCAGACACACCAAACAAGAUCCAGCAGUAGAUAUUUAAAAAAACAAGAAGCUUCCUCGAGGCAACUAACUAGUGUAGAAUAAUUCCAAUUCGACUUGAGAGGCAAAAAUCACCCUUCAUCGAGAAAAUACCACCAGGAGAGGAAGCUGAAGGCGUGGCUCAAGCUGUGGGGCGGGUAACGAUCAAAGUGUCAGACUGCUUACCUUACCUCAAGUGUUUCAAUGUGGAGGACACUGUAAACAUUUGUGGACAUCUCUCUUCUCAAAAAUAAGUUUGUGGUACAGAGCAAGCAACAGACGGUGAAGAAGAAAGAAAUGGUGUCUCCAGCAAAAAUGACGGCAGAUGGAUGUAGCCUUGACGCGGUUUUUCAAAUGCCUGGAAGGAACGGGGUGUUAAGUAUUAUAUUGACACAUUUUGUGAGUGAUACUGAGAGAAAAGACCAAUCCUGCUUGUAGUUUUCCCCAAACGUUGUCACCAAAACAAGACGAGGUUCAGACCUUACUGUUAAUAUGCAUCAUUUGGGCGGGAAACAACACGCAACUGUUAAAGUACUCAUCGCGCAACUGCCUGUACUUGAGCGCUGAGAUAAGAAGAAAGGCACAGCAGCGACCGGCUGCCGGGAAGAAGAAGAAGAAGAAGAAGAUGAUGGUGGCAACAUCCUGAAUGACGAGCUCAAACAGCAUGUGUGUGAUGACCUUUCUACCAUUUGAAUCAGUAUGCUGACCAUCGUCAAAGUGCGGUUAAAUGCGCGGAUGUUGUAGAACCGCAGCAUGUUCAAAGGAGGCUCCAGUCUCGGGGAAAACUCAUAUUGAAGAAAUGGCAACGUUGACCCAUGGUUCUUUUUUUUUUUUUUCUUUGGAGGAAUUGCAUCAUGGGGUUUUGUCGUUGUACUGAUCCGGUGGGCAAGAAGCGCUUUGGAACAAGUAAAACAAGGAUUGCCACCACUGGGUGGGCUUUCUUUGUGUACAGCGACCAACAGUCACCAUCAGCAAGAAAAGUGCUUUUUCUUUCUCUUAUGAGAAAUCCUCUUUUUUUUCUUUUAUUUCCUGUCGAAACCAAACAUGCUGCUUAUCAUGUGUACGUCAUACACGUGGCUCCCAAAGGAGAGGAGUGUCGAAUGGAAGACGCCAAGCUGUGCUAAGUGCUCACCCACGGGUGAUCAGGACUGGAAGCACAUCCAUGUGACAUCAUCGUCCUCUGUCUCUUCCACCUCUCCUUUUUUUCCAGCCUUAUGUGUAUCAUCUGUUUACGUGGAUACGAUGCUCAAGAGUGCAACGACCUGCUAAAGUUACGAAUCCAGAUUUUCCUGUGGUUGAAUUUUUUGGGGCUGUAAUUCCACUGUUUGUGAGGGGGAAGUAGGUACUUCUU